UAAAGGCGAGUUUAGAAAAGUAGGCGUGGGUACGUUCUGUGUCUAUCAUAGUGACACGAGAACCCCAGAAAAGCUCUCACUGUCAUCACAGUUCCCUGGGGACUGCAAAGGUUAUGGUGUAGGUAUUGAUGUCUGUGGUUCCUGAGGGCGUUGUUGGGACAACAGCCAGGUGAAGUUUCAUGUGAAGCAAUCACGUGGAGUAUCCUGACGUCGUAAAAUGCAGGAUUGAUUAUUGCGCUUGAAAUCCUUCAAUACUGUACUGGUAGGUACUGUUUGGCGGUGUCAAUGUCUUUUUAACAUCGGGUACUAUCCAUGUCAACGUAUCUCUUGCAUUGGAUAUAGUACAUGUUCGUCAGCAAGGUGAUCAAUGCCUAUGGCAUGCGGAUAUAUGAAUACGAUCUUGAAUGACGUGCAGAUCAGUGUAGUCAACACGGGGAACGUAUGAUUCAGUCUCACACAGCCAUUAUUCACUGACCAAUACAAGGAUUCCCCGUUUCAGUCACUUGAUAGUGGAUCUCCGAAUACAUACCCCAUCUGGCGUUGGUGGUUGGAGUAAACGACACAUUCGGGAUGUUUCGCCAGCUUAAAGCGUCUCUCAUGAGAAAGAGACCGCCAUGCGACCCGGGAACGAUUCCACACACCAACUCGCAGCCUCUUGACGUCACAGUUGUCACUGCCUAUUUCAACCUGGGGCGAUUCAGGAAAGGCAGUGGAUCGUUCUUCGACACUCAGUUGUACAUGUCGUGGGCAGGAGUGUUCAAACAUCUACGGAAUCCUUUCGUCUUUUACACAGACUCGGAGGACAUUGCUGAGCAGUUUCAACAGAUGCGAGUCGGGAAGGAAGGAACAACCAAGAUUGUCUUGGUCGACAGAAAGAAUCUGUGGGCGUUCGGAUGGGUAGAUAGGAUCAAGGAAAUCUAUUCCAACCCAGGAUAUCCAAAGUUCCACCCAAACACCGUAGUGCCUGAAUACUCCUGUGCUCAACACGCGAAAUAUGAGUCUGUGGAGGCAGCAGUCAAAAGUAAUUAUUUCAAUACCACCUAUUACACUUGGAUCGAUAUCGGCUAUUUCCGACACAUCUUGAAACGGGGUAAAGAGUUUGUUAUCGUGAAACCCCAAGGUUUUAACGAGUCUCGCGUGGCCAUGAACAAAGUGUACGACGUGGAUAUGGACACGUCCCCUGAGACUGUUUUCAAAGGAAACCAUGUCUGGCUUGGUGGUGGGAUGCUCUUCGGGUCAAAGUUCACACUUCCAAUCUUUAUAGCAGACUAUCGACUAGCCGUACAACACUAUCUCGACAUGUCUUUAAGCAAUACAGACCAACAGGUCAUUUUUUCUAUGAACACUAACAAGGAAAAGCUUAUUGUUAAACAAAGAGUGACUAUUCAGCAAUAUGUAGCCGACGUACCCGGAGACUGCUGGUUCUAUCUUGGAUAUGCUUGUUACAGAGAAUUGGUAGAGUGACGUGCAAUAAACUAUGUACAUGUC